GUAAUUUAGUAAUAUCUGCAGAAGUGAACUGAGUAGUGUUAUCCCGGGGUUUGAGGGUUUACUCCUUGCAUUUAUCCGCGGAAAUCAUGUUCUUGAAACCUGGACAGAUUAGAGAUUCUGUGAAUUAUUUGGGCAGUUUUUGGAUCGUCUUUAGUGUCGUGUUUAUAAUUGUCAACGGACAGGAGGGCAAUGGCUGCGGGCACACUGUGAUGGCCACAGAGAGUGGCACCCUGGCCUCUCAGAACUACCCGUGGACCUACCCUGUUGAUUCCUGGUGUAAGUGGAGACUGCGAGUUCCGAAGGGACGUACACUGCACCUCCUCUUUGGGGACUUUGACGUGGAAAGGAGUCCGGGCUGCAGGAAUGGCUCCCUCACCAUCACACCCAACAACGGAGCUCCCAGCCUGGGCCCCCUGUGUGGACAGCUUGAAGACUCAGAGAAAAAUGUGACUGUAAACAGCAAUGAGGUGACAAUAGUAUUCUACUCUGGCCCCCAUCACUCAGGCCGAGGGUUCCUGUUCUCCUACACCACAGACCAACACUCAGGUCUCAUUUCGUGUCGACAAAGAGGAACACAUUUUAUCUCUCAGCAGUUUAGUGUGUACUGUCCUGCUGGGUGUAAGGACGUGACGGGGGACAUAUGUGGUCACUCUGAGCAGGGUUACAGAGAUACGUCAGUCUUGUGCAAAGCUGCGAUCCAUGCCGGGGUGGUGUCAGACAACCUAGGAGGACGGAUCACUGUGACCCGUGGGAGGAGCCUCACGCUUUAUGAGUCCAGCUUUGCCAACGGCAUUCUGUCCAAGAUGGGAUCACUGUCUGAAAAGAAGCUGGUUUUCACCAAAGAGUGUAAUGAUGAACUGACUGUGUCUGGUUUCAAUGCAUCUUCCAUCUGGAGAGAAGUGAACAGACUGGGGCAGCUUGUAUUAUGGUCCCCUAAGAACAUGGAUGCAGAGGGACAGUUACUUCCCUGGGCAUCGGAUGGUAGUGACCGGGAGCCCUGGCUGGAGCUAGAGCUUACAGACAAGAGCAGUGUCACAGGAAUAAUAACAAGGGGAUCGGCUGACUUCUACAUCGAAUCUUACGUUCUCCUUUUUAGCAAAGACCGCCACAACUGGAAAGUCUACAAAGCUGCUCUCAGCAGAGAGAAAAAGGUGUUUGAAGCCCACUCUGAUGGUCAUCUGAGGGUUCUCAAUAGCCUGUUUCCUCCGGUGGUAGUCCGGUACCUCCGGCUGCAGCCCCAGAGCUGGCAAGGUAGGGCCUCGGCACACGUCCAGGUCCUGGGCUGCCCUCUCCCCAAGAUCCACCCCAGGCCUCGCUCCGCUGGGGGAUCUCCAUCCUUAAAAGUUGAUGUUAGCACAACACCUCAUCUCAAUCCAGUCCCCACAGAGGGCCCUGUUAUCAUAAAGGACUCAAGCCUGAGCUCCAAUCAGCCAGUGAUAGUUGCGGUGGGCGUGGUUCUCGGACUGAUCCUGUGUGUCAGUUGUCUGUUGGCUGGAGUCUGGUGGAAUAGAAGGAAAAAAGCUGCACACAUGAAAAAGUUUUCCUUACCCAAAGCCUCUCAGAGUUUCCAGGAGAAGAGCCUCCCCUGCUCUGACUCUGAGCUUAUCUCCUACCCUCUAGAGCGGAGUGUCCAUGAUGCUUUACCCAACCCUCCUCUCAAUGACUAUGCAGAGCCAGAUGUGAUGGCUUGGGGGCAGAAGCUUGGCUCCACCUUCCGGCCCACAGUGGAGGAGGGCUACACCGUCCCCUUCACUUUCAACCACUAUGAUACCCCUGGAAAGCUCCUAGAGCACACUGAGCCCCUGCCCCUGGAGCCCGAGUAUGCCACCCCAUUCAGUGACCAGCCCCCAGAUCCCAAUCUGGCAACUCCACAGGGGACACUGCACAACAACAAACAUGUACUGCCUAUGGUUUCUACAGGGACAAGGACCACAAUAACCCAAGCCCAGUAUGACUGCCCCUCUCACAGAAAGUUGCCCAAUGGCUAUUGCACUACGUCUCUCCAUGCCAAUGUCCCACGCCCGGCCAGUGUGGUCUACACUGAGCCUGAGCCCCUGUUGUCUGACUCCCUGCUACAGCACCCAUAUGAGGAGCCUUUCUGAAUACAGCAAGCUCAACCACUAUUGCUGAAGUGUUACAUAUUGCACGCUAUAAAUGUAAAGGUAAUUUACGAUUGCGCCGAUACAUGCAGCAUUUACUGUGAAUGCAGUCUCCGCUAACACAGGAACAUUGUCUUUCAAUUUAAUUCACACUGUAACUCUGAAUUUCAGCAAUAGGGAUUGAAUAGAGCCCAACCUGGUACACACAGCCUUAUUCUUUUCAUUGUCUGUGUGUACCAGUUUGCACUUGGUGGCACCAUUGGCUGCUCUCUGCUUGGCACUCCCACCCCUUGGGCCACCGUAAUGGGCAAAGCAGGGACCAUUCAUGACCAGUACCAUCCAAAGUUGAUGACCUGUUAUUUACAAGAAAUGUGUCUAAUGACAUAUAUUGAUUCCAAUUAACUAAUAUAUUCCGUGAAUAAAACGGCACAAAAAGUAAAAUAUAAAUUACAAAUCAAAGUUUAACAUACUUGAAAGCUGAAAUGCUCAUUGAAGUGUCAGUUUAAAUCAUUCUUACAGGAGCUGUACAAAAAAGAGCAUGUCUUGGAAACAGCAAUAUGACUGUCUGAUUACAGUGUAUUAUCUUGUAUCAAGUUGUGACACCAUUUCUCUCAUCUGUUUAGAUAAUGCUUACUAUUUUUGUUUUUUUACUGUGAUAUUUUUAAAAUAACUUUCAGGAGAACUUCAUGUUCACAGAGUGAACUGAAUGACACUGAAAAGUUCAUAUUUUUGUACUGGAAAAAUAAAUACAGUGACGAAUAUAGUGAUUUCUAUUAUAUUUAACACUAUUUCCUGGGCCUCAAAUGUUUGUGUACAGAGAUAAAAGUGUGUGUUGUGGUUGAUUAAAAAUUACACAAACGUGCUUUGUU